GAUUCCUAGCAAAAAGACCGCCCAUACCUUAGCACGUGCGCGUGCACAUCCGCCUCACGCACAGUUGUGUUUAUUUUUUUUUUUUACGUGACGUGAUAGUGUGAUGGUAAUUUAUUUUAGAUGAAUGGAGACGUCUUGUCAACUAGGAAGUUGCUGCUGUUACAGUGUUCUCACAAAGAUGAGGAUUGUAUUGUUGCUGCUCCCAUUAUGUUUAGAGACAGUCAUUUGCUACAGUAAUGGAAAGGUUGAAGAGGCUUGUGGGCACAUGACACCCGGUCAUGGCUAUGUUCCCAGCCCCAAAGAUCCACCAUUCACCAUCAUAGCAGACAAAUCCCAAUUCAGCCCUGAAGAUGAAAUCAAAGUGACAUUAUCAAUGGGGUCUUCAGGGACCAAACGGUACUUCAAAGGUUUCCUCAUAGAAGCAAGGAAUGCUGGGAAUCUCAGAGAAAUUGUCGGAUCAUUUAAGUUAAUAAAUUCUGACAUUUCUCAGCUUCUUCGGUGUGACAAUAAAGUGAACUCUGCUGUGAGUCAUACCAGCGAUUCCCAUAAGACAGAGGUCCAGGUGAUCUGGGUAGCACCACCUGACUCUCCUUCCAGUGUGCAGUUUAUGUUAACAGUUGCCCAAGGCUAUAAGGAAUAUUGGGUGAAGAUUGCAGGUCCAGUGGUGUCCCAAAGUGGUGUCGUUCCUCCACCACAAACUACCUUUGGAGGUUCCACUGGUGCCAAAAGCACAGCUUUCUCAACACUGUCACGUUCAUUCACCUCUGAGGGCUGUGGAACCAGGAAGUCCUGUCUGAGAGAUCCACAGGGCUGUGACCCACAAAAUGACACGGCGUGUCACUUCCUGUCCUUUAGGGUAGAGGGCAAUGGCGUGAUGUUUGAGCUCAGUGGACCUGCAGAUGGUUAUGUGUCCUUUGCCUUAUCACUGGACAAAUGGAUGGGGAACGAUGAUGUCUAUCUGUGUAUCAAAGACAGAGACAGAGUUGAUAUCAAGGCUGCAUUUGUUUUUGGACGGACUCACCCAGAAAUCUCUUCAGAGAACAUUUUGAAAGAUACAGUUUGGAGACUAUCAGACGGAGUGAUUCAGUGUAGCUUCAGCAGAGACAUUCGUCUCCAACCUGACAAUGUGAAUCGGUACAUCCUGGACCAGAUGUACUACCUCUUCAUGGCACAUGGUCGAGCUGAAAAUGGGCUAACUCAUCGGCAUGACCGCCAACCUCUGAUUUCGACCUAUCAGACAGUCAUAACGGGACCUCCUGAGGAUCUAACUGGUUCUCGAUCGCCCUUGCUCAUCAAAUAUCAUGGGGCUUUCAUGCUGAUCGCCUGGAUGUCGACAGUCAGUGCUGGUGUCAUCAUGGCACGAUAUUUCAAACCCGAUUGGCCUGAAAGGAAUAUUUUGGGGCAGAAGGUCUGGUUUCAGUUACACCGAAUGCUGAUGACCCUCACAGUUCUGCUCACCUUGGUCGGCUUUGUUUUGCCUUUUAUGUACAGAGGAGGCUGGAGCAAGCGGGCAGGCAUACACCCCUAUUUGGGCUGUGUCGUCAUGGCACUCACUGUCAUCCAACCUGUCAUGGCGCUUUUCAGACCAGCGCCAGACGCCUCCAGGAGAUACAUCUUCAACUGGAUGCAUUUUGGAACAGGAACAAUAGUUCAAAUCCUAGCUGUUGUCACCAUCUUCCUCGGGAUCCACCAGCAAGCUCUGCUCCUGCCGGCCCCAUGGUCCACAGGGGUCCUGGCGUUCAUGGUGAUCUGGUUUGUGCUGGCAGAUUUGGUUUUGGAAGUGCAUCGAAGGGGGUUUUUACCAAUAGGUAAAUAUUUUAAAAACGUCAAAUUCUACACUGAACAUAUUAAUUCUGACGACAAAGAGGAGAUUAUGUUUGUUCCUGAUGAGAAUCAGACUUCUAGCAUGGAAUCUUGUUUUAAAAACAUAGUUCUGGCUGUUUAUCUCUGUGGAAAUCUGGGAUUUCUGACUGUUCUCCUUUGGACCAUCAGUUUAGCAUGACACUCUCAGCAGUCAUUUCCACAUUUAGUCUCAGGGACUUUCUCUAAUUGUGCCCAUGUUAAAACAAGCCAAAGAAAUAUGGAGUACGUUAUACUAACUAAUGACCAGCUGUCAAUUUUCGGUGAUUAUUUAAAAUGAAUUUGUCUAACUUGAAAUUAAAUUUCUUUACUGCUGAGGUAUAAAUCAAUUUAGUUGUAUGAUUUUUUUUUAGAAGUUUUUGUAAUUUAUUUUUAUUAUAAAUGUUAUGGUUUACCUAUAAAAUGAUUUGUUGUAAAGAACAAAUGAUGCUUUUAUUUAAAUGUCUCCUGAUUAUCUGCUUUUUAAAAAUCGAAUCUGAAAAACGUAUUACCUUUGUGUGUUAUUUGGAGAAACCAUUAUUGAUCAUGUUUACAGAUCAAGUAAAUAUGAAAUGA